AGAUCAAGACAGUUUCACCCACGAGAGAGAACUCCCGGCCAGAAUGGAAGAACAUCCGGAAAAAAUGAAAAUCAGCCCGAAAUUUCAGACGACGUCAGUAAAUUACGGAUGAUUGUGCGUCCUUUGGGGUUCACAGUGCUGGUAUGUGAUCCAAACAUCAACCUCUUAAAAAUUAGAAUAUGUCUUGAAGUUUUAAAGAUGAUCAAUAUCCCCAUUGAGAAGGAUGCUGGUGGUAAAUUAAUGAGUACAAAGAACCAUUUAGGAUUAGUAUGACUGCAAACAAUGACCAGGCCCAAUUUGAUAUUUCACAGGCUCCCUCCUUCCCUUGAUGGAAGGUAAAGGUAAAAAGUGGGAGGGGGUUGGGGAAGGGGGGCAGGUGACCGAGUAUCUUUCUUUACUUUGCUUGAAAUGCUGUCUUCCUCUGUAGGACUUCAUAGCUCAUUUUGUACAGUAUCAUAAUAGUGAAGUAUAGUAGCAGUUCUAAAUUCAAGACCUGUAGAAGAAUUCCAUUGUCUUCAUGUUCUGCUUCUAAUUUUCAAAGGUUAUCUUCUACUUUGGAGUUAUUUACCACUUACAUAGUUUUUCUCUUCAUAACUCUAGACAGGAGUAGUGAGCUUUGGAACAUGUUCAAUUAUAAACUAUGAACGCGUCAGAAAUUUGUAUGUACAAGGGAAAAGGACAAACAAGCCUUCUCCUCAUUCUUCCAAGUCAUUUGACUUCCGCAAUAUGGUUUGUGUUCAAUUUUUCAUUUAAUUGAUCUGGUAGUGAUAUGGUGGCUGUUUCUUUAACCCUUCAAUCCCUAAGAGUGACUAGCAUCUAAUUUCUCCUUACCUUAUCACCCCUGAAUCACACAUUGAGGUCAUGAGAAUAAAGGAAAUGAUCACCAACUAAAGAAGCUCUUGAUUGUUAAACAAAUUCUCCUUAUCAGCACCUUAAGAAUUGUACGGAGAACAGUACUGAGAUUAUGCAUACUGAUGUUAGGGGUCAAAAGGUUAUCUCAUGUUGACUUGUUGUUUUUUGUUUAGUUAAAUAAAUGGUGGAACUCUUUGCAUGGAGGCUCAAAGACAGCAGCUGUAAUUAUCUUCAUAAACACAGCAGUGUUUUUGUUAUGGUAUCAACCUAGAUUACAUUUGUUCAUGUACAAGUGGUUUACAACAUCUCCAUUCUCAGGUCAGUCAUAAAUCAGUUGAAGAUUUUUACAAGAAAAGAAAAAAAAAGUGGUACAGGACACCCAGCUGAGUGUGUCACCAAUGUUCUUACCACAUCUGGAUGCUUUUUUGUUCAAUCUAUAACUGAACAGACCCACAGCAAUAUGGUAUCAAUUUGUUUUUCCUUCAAAAACCAAAGUGUUGUAAAUAGUGACUUCAUCUGUGCAUCUCUCCUCUAAAAGAGUUGUUGGUGGUAACAUCCAAAACCAAUCAAAGUGCAUACAUAAUGCAUCUUAUCAUAUAACAUGAUUUAACAAUUCUUCUCAUGAUGAAGUUCAUACUCUUAUCUCCAGGCUCAAGUCUGACAAUGCUGACAUCUAUCUUUAGUCAUAAAGAAAUCUGGCAUUUAUCUAUCAACAUGUUUGUGCUCUGGAAUUUUGCACCUCAUUUAGAAGGUAGAUAAUACAAUAAACUGUGAUAUUUUUUGUUUGUUUUUUUUUGUUUGUUUUGUUUUUCAGUGUUGGUAUUUCAUUUUAAGAUACACAAAUUUCAAUACAAUUUUCAUUAUAUAUUUUGUAUUUUGCCAAAAUAACCAUGAUAUUCUGGGACAAUGCAAUUCAAAACUUUUGAUACACCUUUUAAAAAGGUUGUAUUUCUUUUACAGCUCUUCUUGGCAAAGAACAGUUUAUUGCAUUUUACAUUACUGGAGGUAAGCAUAUUAAAAAUAUCUCAAAUUCAUACUGUGAGAAACAGUUCACAACUUCUCCAAAAGAAGUCAACUGAUGAGUUAUGGAAAGAGAAUCUUGACCAUGAAUAGUCAUUCUUUAUGUGACAUUUGCUCAAAUGUAUGUUUUCCAGGUGUUUUUGCUUCAUUCUUGAGUCAGGCAUGCAGAAUUGGUUUCACCAAUGCAUUUCGUGUAGGUGCUUCACUAGGAGCGGUAAGGAUUCAAAGUUAAAUUAUUUUCACAGUCAGUUAGCCACUUGAUCUGUCAGUUCAUCGGUCAGUUGGUCAACCAGUCAGUCAGUCAGUCAGCCAUUUAGUCAGUCAGCUAGUCAGUUGUUCAACCAGUAAGUCAGUCAGCCACUUAGUCAGUCAGCCAGUCAUUCGCUCAGUCAGUCAGCUGCUCAUUUAUUCAGCCAGCCAGUCAGUAGUUCAGUCAGUCAGUCAGUCAAUCAGCCAGUUAGUCGGUCAGUCAGUCAGCCUGCAAAUCAGUUGGUCACUUAACCAGUCAGUCAUUUUCCUACAUGUUCUUACAGUUGGCCAGUCAGUAAGUCAGUUGGCCAGUCAGUAAAUCAUUGGUCAGUCAGUAAGUCAGUUUGCCAGUCAGUAAGUCAGUUGGCCAGUCAGUGAGUCAGUUGGCCAGUCAGUGAGUCAAUUGGCCAGUCAGUGAGUCAGUUGGCCAGUCAGUGAGUCAGUUGGUCAGUCAGUGAGUCAGUUGGUCAGUCAGUGAGUCAGUUGGUCAGUCAGUGAGUCAGUUGGCUAGUCAGUGAGUCAGUUGGCUAGUCAGUAAGUCAAUUAGUCGUUCAGCAGUCAUCUAGUUAAACAGACAUACAGACAGUAAGGCUUAACUCCUUAAAAUCCACAUUUUAAAAACCACUUUUUGUUUUGUUUCCUAGUCAGGGGCAUUGCUUGCGUGUUUAUCGCUUGUGUGCAUCAAUGAACCAGAUUUGCGCUUGUCUAUUGUGUUUCUGCCGUUUUUUACAUUCCCUGCUGGAGUGGUAAGUAAUAAGAAAGAAAUCCUGAGGAUGAUAAUUUUUUUGACCCUGUUUCUCAUAACUCACUAAUCUAUUUCGAUACAGUCGACAACACGUGACUGCUCAUGGCGUCAUUGACCCCAGGAGCGUCAUGUGAAUAUCAUGUCAUGGGUGUUUCGUUUUCUCUCGUCCCCAGGGCCUCCUAGCUGUAGCUGGCUUUGACUUGCUAGGAUUGUUGAUGCGUUGGAGAGUGUUUGAUCAUGCGGCACAUCUCGGUGGUGUUUUAUUUGGGGCGUAAGUAGUUAACACAAAUGAUACGUGUCAUUUUAAUGCUGUUGCUGCGAAGCUUACAUUGUUAAAACGUUCCCAGCCAUAUUUGCACAGGAGGAAAACUACUUAUUUUGGAUUUGCAAGGAGUUGUUGAAAUUGCCAAGAGAAGUGGGUGUGUCCACUGCUACUCGAUCAGUUUAUUUUGUAAUCCAUCACUCUCUCACGUGAGCAAACUAUUUGUAGUUGUUUUCUGCUACUUGUUCAACAGGAGCAAACUGUUUUCUUCUGGUAUUCUCUCAACAGGCUAUACCUAAAAUACGGAAGUUAUUAUAUUUGGCAGAAGCGUGGCUGGUUCGUUUCUGAGUGGCACAAGCUGCGAGAGGGAAGCAAAAGAACUUGAAUCCUGUAACAUCUGUAGGACGCAUCUUCAGAUCUUCUGUCUUAAAUAA